AUGUCGUUGUCGCUCCGCGUUGAGAAGUUUGGUCCGGGGAAGCGGAUCCACCUGCACUCACCCGCCCUUCGCUGCGCUUUUGUCACGCUCGGAGCGUCCAUCAACUCCGUCAAGGUGUGGGAUGCGCAGAGGUCUCGGUGGGUUGAGGUGCACUGCGCCUACCCUGGACCAGAGGAAACCGCAGAGGACACGGACUACAUGGGCUGCACAGUCGGCCGCUUUGCUGGCCGCGUCAGUGAGGGGAAAUUGACGCUUGAUGGUGAGGAAUUUCAUGUGUCACGGAAGCCGGGCAGUCCACACUCCGUACACGGUGGCGCGGAGGGCUACGACAGGCGCCACUGGUCGUUCCUCCCUGUGGAGACGACAGACGUGGUGGGGGUGCGGUUCAGUCUGGUUUCACCGCAUAUGGACCAGGGUCUCCCCGCCGAGCUGCGCAUCUUCGUUUUUUACUACAUUGAGCGAAAGCGGCCGGCGGCGCUGCACACGGAGUACUCGGCCUUUAUUCCUGAUGGCUCCCCCGCUGACGCCACGGUUGUGAAUAUUUUUAACCACGCGUACUGGAACCUGAACGGCGUGCCAGACGCAAACACGGCGUCAAACCCGCGCUGGAAGCAGCCGGAGAAGGUGUACAAUAUGGUGCUCAAGAUGCCGUGCAGCCGCGUGUUGGAGGGAGACGCUGCGGCAAUCCCAACAGGUGUACUGAAGGAUGUCACAGGCACGUGCCUGGACUUCCGCCGCGGCAAGCCACUCGGUGAAGACAUUGACAACCAGGCUGUCCUUGGCCGGAACCCAUGCGGCUACGACCAUCCCUUUUUGGUCGAUGGCUGGGAGGCGAAGUCAAAGCAAGGGAUGCUGCUGAACGCGGAGGCGUACAGUCCCUCGUCACGGAUUCGGAUGAGGGUGUACUCAACCUUUCCCUGCAUGUGGAUGCACACUGUGAACGGCAAGCCGGGGGACGCGAACGGUGAAAGGGGUAAGCGUUACGGCCGCCACGUCGCUGUGGGCCUGGAGCCGCAGUACCUGCCCGACAGCCCGAAGCAUCCGACCUUCCCCUCAACGGCCCUGCGGAAGGGCGAGGUCUACUUUGAGAGGCAGGUGAACGAGUUUGCCGUGCUCAGCGGCUCGCACAUGUAG